AUGAGACCGAGCUCAAAAUCCCCCCCAUUCUCGCCUUCUUGGAUUUUGCGACCCCUGCACCAAAACACCCCUUCAUGCAAGGGCGUCCUCCCCCCGCCAGCCUACACCAACCAGCCCAUUCACGGCCACGACGCCAACGAGACCGAGCUCAAGACCCUCGGCAACGUGCGACGGCAACAGGAGAAGCAUGAGCCCCUCCCGCUGGACCUUCUGAUCUCGUGGGCUGGGGUGGGCAAGGAGACGCAGCUGCCCAUCUCUCAGGCGCUUCAGGGUGAUAUGUCCCGGGAGCGCUGGCUCAUCUGGGCGCCGCGCUUUGGGCUGGGCAACUCGCUGAGAGGUUACACUUCGGCCUUCAUCUUUGCCCUGCUGUCGGGACGGAGGUUCCUGCGCUGGCACGGGGGUUCCCACAGGAAGGUCCUGGAGCGCCUGUGCGAUGCGUUCUACUGCGGGCUAGACGAGUUGCACUAUAAAGGGGAUAUGCGCAAGCACACAAAGCUCAUGGAGGGAAGGGAGCUAGUGAUUCACGGGCUCAACUACUAUUCCCCUGUUAUGGCUGUCACCUCGGACCCUCAGAUCAACCAGUGCGUGCACGACGCAUUCAACUGCCGCUCCCUCUGGUGCAUCCAGUCGCAAGUGCUCUCUCUCCUCCUCGGCAAGGGCCCCAAGCCGGGGGUGCAAGAGGUGGUUGAUAGGGACCUCAGAGUGGUGCCGCCGCUGGUGUUCCGAGGGGGAGGGAUGGGGAUGGAGGAGGGGGAGGAGAAGGGAGGGAAGGUGGAGCCGCAGAUGGUCGCCAAAGGGGAGGGGCUGAGGCUGCAGUUUGACCUGUCGAUUCACAUCCGUGGGCACUCAGUCAAUGUGGAGGGCGAUCACUGUGGAGACAAGGACACGCGUUGCCAGGAGCGAGCCCAGCAGGCGGAGAUCUCUCGCGCGCACAACCUCAUGAAGCCCAACCGCUGGCGCUGCAUCGCUAGGCUGGCGCAGUUCCUGCGCGUCAAGAAGGCGGCUGCCGGUGGCUUCCCCAACGCUACAGCCGCCGCUGCUGCCUGGUCUGCCAGCACUACAGCCGCCGCACCAGCCCCUGCUUCAUCAUCGCCUGUAUCACCCGGCCUUUCACCAUCACCAACCCAUUCACCAUCAUCCCCUUCAUCCCCCGCUGCACCCCCAAGUGCUGCUUCUCCAUCUCCUUCCGCCCUCCCCUCCGCCCCACCCUCACAUUCAGAACCGGCGCCUCCCUCUGCUGCAGCUCCUUCUUCUCCUCAUCCUAACGAUACCUCCAGCAUAUCCUCUUUAAUAGCAGCUUCGAGUACGAAGCGGCGCCUGCUAGAGUAUUCGCGGCAGCGCGGUGCUAAACUGGAGCUAUUCACGUUUGAGAGCUUAAACCGCUCGCCAGUGGUGAUCCCGGAUGAACUUGGGCAGGCGAAAAAACUUAGGAUGCUGAAGAUUGGAAAAUGGGAGAACGGAUUUUGGGAUGAUUCUAACCUGGAAAGCAUGCCCGAAACGUUGGGCAACCUGACAAAUCUUUUGGAUCUGACCAUCGCUAGUGACAAACUUUCUCACCUGCCCGACGUUUUUGGCCCACUGGGAGGUUCUCUCAGUUCAGUUCGCAUUCGGUCAAUGGAACUUUCUUCCCUGCCUGCCUCAAUGACUCUGCUAACAUCUCUGACUAGCCUGGAGCUCGAAUGCAUGGUCCUUUCAGAGCUGCCUGAAGCCAUCCAUUCUCUUUCUUCCCUGACCAGCCUUACACUCUCUUGCUGCGGCACUUUGACCCACCUGCCCGAAACCCUGGGCAGCUUGCCGCAACUCAUACACCUCAAACUUCACUCUUGCCGGUUUCUUUCGGAGCUGCCUACAUCAACAACCGCCCUUUCUUUUCUAGAAACCCUCACCAUUUCCCGGUGUGCUUCGUUUGCUGCCCUGCCCAAGUUCUUUGGGCGGCUAAAAUCUCUCCGCACCCUGCACCUGGAUGUCUUUGAAAGUUUUGAGUCCCUGCCCGAAUCAAUGGGCGAUCUGCAAAAGCUGGAAAAGGUUUUCCUAUCAGCUCCAGGCAUCAAAUCUCUCCCAAAUUCAUUUGGACGGUUGAGUUUUCUCCGAGAGCUCGAGAUGGAGGGCUGCGAGAAGCUCUGGUAUAUCCCAUCAUCAUUCGGGAAGCUUUCAAAUCUUCGGGUUCUGCGAAUCAUCCAGUGCCCCAUGCUCAGCAGUCUGCCCGGAACUUGCGGGCAGCUUCUCGGACUGGAGGAAUUUGUGGUGGGGGAAUGUGGGCACUUUCACGUGCCGCCAGCUCUCUCAAGCAUUGUGACAUUUGAAAGCCCGAUGUUCUCGGUGCUGCAGAUUUAG